AUGAACAGUACAGACUUACUUACAGUUGCAGUUAUCUGUAUAUUGUUUUUCAUCUAUAAAAAAUGGGACGUUAUAAAGGAACUCAUUUUUUCUAAUGACGACCAUAUAUCGGCUGUCAAUUCCGGUUCUAGAGAUAUUGUACAAGUGGUAUUAGAAAAUAAUAAAAACUAUUUAGUCCUAUUUGGUUCACAAACAGGUACCGCUGAAGAUUAUGCCAAGAAAUUUUCUAAAGAAUUAUCAUCCAAAUUUAAUCUGAAUGUAUUAUGUGCGGACUUGGAACUUUAUGAUUAUGACACUCUAAGUGAAUUACCAAAUAACGUCUUGGUUUCCAUAUUUAUGUCCACUUAUGGCGAAGGUGAUUUCCCCGAUGGCGCCAUUCCAUUUGAAACGUUUCUUACAACUACCGGCGAAAAUUCAUUAACAAACUUGAACUUUAGUAUUUUUGGUUUAGGUAACUCCACUUAUGAAUUCUAUAAUGGUGCUGCAAGAAAAGUCUUGAAAUAUUUACAAAGUGCUGGUGGUAAUUUGCUCGGUAGUAUUGGAGAAGGUGAUGAUGCUACUGGUUCCACCGAUGAAGAUUAUCUAACUUGGAAAGAAAGUAUUAUGGCCGAAUUGAAAAAUAAACUGCAUCUGGAAGAACAAGAACAUAAAUUCAAAUCUACUUUCAAAUAUGAAACGUUACCUGAAAUUAAUUCUCAUGUUUCCUUAGGUGAACCAACUUCUAAGUAUUUACCUAGUGAACCAGCAUUUACAGGUCCAUUCACUGCUGCACAACCAUUUAUUGCACCAAUUAUAAAAUCUCACGAAUUAUUCACGUCCGUUGAACGUAAUUGUAUCCAUUCUGAAUUUGAUAUUUCCAGUUCUAACAUUUCAUAUUCCACCGGUGACCAUUUAGGUAUUUGGCCAUCUAAUGCUACUGAAAAAGUACAACAAUUUUUGAAUGUCUUUAACUUGAAUCCAGAUACAAUUUUCAAUUUGGUAUCCCAAGAUAAGACUAUCAAGGUUCCCUUUCCAUGCCCAACAACCGUCGGUGCUGUUAUUAGACAUUAUUUAGAGAUUACAGGUCCUGUGUCAAGACAGUUUUUCGAACAUUUAAUCCAAUUUGCACCAAAUAGUUCCAUCAAGGAAAAAUUGACCAAACUAGCUAAAGAUAAAGAUGCAUUCCAACAAGAAAUCACAUCCAAAUAUUUCAAUCUUGCAGACGCUUUAUUAUACUUGUCUGGCGGUUCCAAAUGGGAAAGCAUUCCAUGGGAAUUCUUAAUUGAAAAUAUUCCAAAAUUACAACCACGUUAUUACUCCAUUUCAUCAUCCUCAUUAUCAGAAAGGAAUACCAUCCAUGUCACAUCAGUUGUUGAAAAUACACCAAAUCCAAAAACAGGUUCUAAUAUUGUUGGUGUCACUACUAAUUUAUUGAGGAAUAUUCAAUUGGCUCAAAAUAAGCAAUUACAAUCUACUGAAAUAAAUCCAUUGCCCGUUCAUUAUGAUUUAAAUGGACCAAGAGAUUUAUUUGCCAAUUAUAAGUUACCAGUCCAUGUCCGUCAAUCAACAUUUAGAUUACCUCAGAACAUUGAGACUCCAGUAAUUAUGAUCGGACCAGGGACAGGUGUAGCACCCUUCCGUGGGUUUAUUAGAGAACGUGUUGCGCAAGUGGAAAAGGAUAAUAGUAUCAAAUUAGGUAAACAUAUAUUGUUCUAUGGUUGUAGAAACGAGCAAGAUUAUUUAUAUCAAGAAGAAUGGUCUAAAUAUGCUACUGUUUUGGGUGAAUCAUUUGAAAUGAACGUUGCAUUUUCUAGAGUACCGGGUACUAAAAAAGUUUAUGUGCAAGAUAAAUUAAAUGAGAUGUCUUCUGAUAUUUGGGAUUUAUUAAAGAAGGGCGCCUAUAUUUAUGUAUGUGGUGACGCGGGUAGAAUGGCUAAAGAUGUUAGUCGUACUUUUAUUAAUAUAUUACAAAAAGGCCAUGGCAUCAAUGAAGCUGAAGCUUUAGAAAUGGUUAAGGCAUUGAAAACGGCAGGGAAAUACCAAGAAGAUGUCUGGUAG